AUGUCGGUUGCUCCAAUAAUCACUUUCAGGGCAGGGCUCAGUGAGCUUGAUACAAGCUCUUCUCCUCCCAAAGUCAAGCCUCUUCCAACUCAAGGAUACCUUUACCUCUACGCGGAAGAUGAACUCCUCCAUCUGUGUUGGCGGCCACAAUACGCUCUCCCGCAAAACCCAGAGUUGGACCUGUUGAUGCUACCAGGCGAUGGCUCGUUCACUCCCUAUCACCCUACCAGUGCCGACACCCCAUCGAAUACGCACCCGCCAACCAAUGGAAGAAUAUACGUUCUCAAGUUCUCGUCUAGCUCACAACGAUACCUUUUCUGGCUGCAGUCGCGCAGUCAACAUCCUCAGGGCGAUCCCGCAUGGUUUAGCGCCCGGGACCUGAAGAUAGGGCAUAUUGUGAACAACCUCCUGCAAGGUGAAGAAGUAGACAUCCAACAAGAACUGGCCGAGUUGCCCCAGGACCAGAAUCCCCCCGACGACGACGAGGAUGAGACGAUGGAAGAGGCUGAAGGCACUGACCAUGCUCUCAAUCGACGUCCAUCUCAAGGACCGGGAGCAGGCCCAGAUGCCACCGGUGGCGACUUUCGUGAGGAAGGAGAAGGGUCUCGAGAAGGGGGAGCCGACGGCGGAAGAGCCGCUGCCGGUUUGGACCCCGACGCCAUAAUUCAGAACUUCAUUCAAUCAUUGGGCAAUGACAACAGCAAUUCGGGCCGCGAAUCAGCUCCACAGGAGAAGGUCUUUACAACUCUUUCAGACCUGCUUACUCCAGCAACAACAAUACCGUGGAUCGAUUCCGCAGACUCUGAACUUGUCGAUCGUUUGCUUCAGUAUCUUCCACCUGCCUUGGUCACGUUGGCGCAGGAAGCAGACGAUAUGUCAGCUCUAAAUACAGAUCACGUAUCAGUCGAAGCAGCUGAGCAAGCACUCAGUCUGGAUCAGAAGAAGGAUAUUCUUCGGAGGGUCUUGCGGUCACCACAGUUGUCACAGAGCCUAUCGAGUCUCACAAUCGCCCUGCGGGAUGGUGGCUUACCCAGUAUUAGUGAAGCUCUCAACAUCCCUGUUCGACACGGAGGCUAUAUGCGACGAGGCGGCGUACCACUAGGCGGAGGCGAGGCUGUCGAAGUUUUCCUGGAGGGAGUCAAGGAGCAGUUGAAUCAAGAAAAGGACACUGAUGCAGGCGAUCGAAUGGAAACAGAGUAG